UAUGUUUAGUAACUCCAUCUUCACAUUAAUUUAUAUGUGCUUCUGCACUUUUUUUGUAUAUAGUCAAAAUAAUUCGCUUAAAAUAUGUGAUGACUAUAUCAAGUCAACUGCAAGUUUGAACGAUAACGACAUUAAUAAUGCAAUGUCUGAAGAUUUACUUUUCGUUAAAACCAAUCACCAAAUUUUUAAGCGUAUAUGCGAUACAAAUUCUGGGCGUUGGAUCCCAGAUUUAGUAGAUUGCAAAACGACAAUAAGUAUAAAUAAGCACUGUCCAGAUAAACUGUAUGAAAUUCGAUCGCAUAGCAAGGCUCUGCUUUGGUUAAAAAUUUCAAAUGAAGUUCCAGCUUACAAUGAAGGAUUUUGCUAUGGGUCAAAUAUAAUUAUUCCAACAGAUUUAACAAGCAAAGAAAUUUUCAAAAUAACUAAGUUUUUGAUAAAGAAGAAAAUUAAUGAACACUGGCUGCCAACAAGGCGAAAUAAUAAUAUAAUUAUUCAGUUUAAAAACAAAUCUGAUGAACACUGUUUGAAGCACAUCCUAAAUAACCCAAAUAUGUUCAACUCUAAAAAUGUAGUAGUCGCUGUACCCUGCAACAUUUUUAUUAACGCAGUCUGCAUUUUCAAAUCGGAGCUGCUAUCUAGAACUGGGUGUCCGAAUGGUUUUGGUGCCUUAACAUAUCGGCCUCACGUUUGUUUUGGCAUUGAUUGGAAGAAAAAAAAACAUCGGCUUUUCCAUCUCAAAAAAUACCUAAAAAAUCGAAAUUUUCUAAGAAAAAUUUUCGCAAAGUAUGUGACAGAGAAAAAACAAAAAGAUUUUUUUAAAAUUGAUUGUUUUUCUGGUACUUUCGGAGAUGAGUAUACUAUUUUAAUGAACCCAUUUGAAAUUAUUAAAAUGGUUGGAAAAAUGGUUGCUUCUAUCCCGAGCCAAGGGCAUAAAUUUGUUAUACGUUGGAAUGUCUCAUGUAUUCGUCAUGCUUGUCAGAAUAAUUUGUGCAACCCCUUAAGCAUCGACUCCAAAGUAACUGGUAAGAAACUAAGAAGCCUCAUAAAAAGUAGAACUAGUAAUAGCAACUUAGAUGAGCUUUUUGUACACUAUGUUCGAAUUGUGAAUUUUGAAUGCAAGAAGAAAAUGUUUGUAAUCCAUUGGGUUUAUAUAGCUGCAUCAUUCAGAACAUCAGAAGUUAAAGCUGAGCAAAUUGGCGACGACAAUAUAUAUGAUGAUUUUCAAAUACCAACUUUCUCUAUUCAAGUAAAACAUUUUAAGAUAGUGCUAAAAAAAUUAUUUGUGCAUCUCAGUAAAAACUCGACAGCUCUCAUACGUAAAGCAAACCUUUGUUUUCCAGAGCGAUUAUUUUCAAAAAAUGACAUGAAAAAUCAAUGGAUAUUAACUCGCUCCGGAAAACUUCCAAGGACUAAAAGAAUAUGUCUGAAAAAAAAUGUCAUGCCUUUUACUAGACUAUGUAAAGGUGACUUAAGCGGAGCCUUUUGGAGAAAGUUAAGAAAACUAAUCGUAUGUAAAAAAACAAACAAAGUUACAAAAACAUUUCAUGAUUUAUGGAAAUCAACUACGCAAAGCUCGAGUCCAGAAACAGUAUUAAGAAAUGUUAAAGACAUAAUCACAAAAAACAAAAAAAUACUAGUGCCCGUUGAUAUACUGCUUAUUUCUAACAUUAUUCAAAUUACCCUUAAGAACAUUUUAGAAAACAAAUUGUAUUGGGUUACAUUUGAAGGCUUUCUAAAAUGGAGAAUUGUUUUCGCUGAUAUUUUGAAUACUUACAAUGCAAUAAUAAGUAUUGACUUCAGCGUUCUUAGAAGGUCAGCUAAGAUAAACGCGACAAACAAGUUAUUGGAAUCAUUUGAACGAUCUGUCGACACUAUUUCAACUAAAUUGUUCGUUACUCACACCGACAUUGUUGAAGAAGACUUUGGCUUAGAAGUAGAAAGUGAAACCAUAGACUAUGAUGAUAUAGGAGUUUCCGUACAUAUUUCGAAGUAUAUUUUAUAUUUCCUUAUCAAUCCUCUUAUUGCUAAUGUUUCUGGAAUAGCUCUGAUUAAAAAUAAAAAGUCUGGAGAAAUAUAUCAACAAUUAAAAGGUUCAUUUAAAAAUGAACAUUACCGAUUUCUCCAAACAAAUCAUGACAUUAAUGAUCUUGUUAAAGAACCAAACCUUCAACUUGGUGUUUAUUUACCAAACGAACUUUUAGGUAAAUUAAAAGCAUCAUCUAGCUGGCUUUCAUCCGCAAACAAUAAAAGUGACCCUAUUGUUGUUGUUAAGGUAUACUCAAAUGACAAACUGUUUCAACAUUCUACUAGAUCUAAAAAGCUUUUAAGUCGUAUAGUAUCGAUAUCAUUACCUGGAUACAGUUCCAUUCUCCCUGAACCUUUACCACUUAUCCUAAGAAGGACGAUUAAAAACGAUGUAAAUAUGUCUGGCUCUUGUCAUAACUGGAACUACCAAUACUGGGCAACUGAUGGUAUAUUAACGCUAAGCCAAUCGGAAUCUAAAAAAGGUGUGGUGGUCUGUCUUUUAAGGCAUUUGGCACCAUCUGCAUAUCUUAUAGAAAACAAGAAAGGAAGUUAGCUUCGGCAAGCCGAUGCUUAUAUACCCUUGCAGCUAUAAUUAUUAAAUUUAAAAACACAAAAAAUGAUAUUCCCAAUAGU